GCCAAUGCCGCUUUGGUGAUUUCAGCCGCUGCAAAGCAACCCUUGGGAACAUAUCCAUGCAGCAUCGAUGGCACCCCUCAUCCAGCUGGAGCCCCCCGUCCAAUGUUUUGUCUCAUGCCAGUGUCCCUCUCUACUUCCCCUCUGACGCCCUCCAGCUCAUUUUCUACCAGCAGUUGAUAAAUGCGGGCGGAGUUUGAUGUGGCUACAAGUAGCACUAGAUGAGACUGUCUUGUCUUUGAGCCUUCCAAGUUGAUUACUUACACAGUAAUAAGCAUUCGUUCACUCGUUAAGUCCCUCUUGACAGCUCAAGCCAGAGUCGAGUUACUAGUCCCUGUGUUUAGUCUCCUCCACUAGCUCCGCAACAGGAUCCAACACGCAAGAUGGCCACGUCUAAGUACGACUACACGCCAGAAAAGUUCGCCACAUUCCCACAGUGGCUGCGGCGGCAGCUGUUCGAGCACCCCCGCCCGGUGACAGGUGUCGACCUGGCAGGCAAGACAGUCAUCGUCACAGGCGCGAACCAGGGCAUCGGCUUCGAGAUUGCCAGCCAGCUCCUCGUCCUCAACGUCGGCAAGCUCAUCAUCGCCGCCCGCGAUGUAGCCAAGGGCCAGGAGGCGGCCGACAAGCUGGCAGCCCAGCACAAGGGCAAGGGCGGCAACAACUCGGCCGUCGAGGUCUGGCCGCUCGACCUGCUCAACUACGACAGCGUCACGGCAUUCGCCGCGCGUGCGGGCCAGCUGGAGCACCUCGACAUCGCCAUCCUCAACGCCGGCAUCUACCGGAUCAAGAUGACCAUCAACCCCUCCACCGGCAACGAGGAGGACAUCCAGACCAACUUCCUCUCCACCUUCCUGCUCGCCAUCCUGCUGCUGCCCACCCUCCAGGCCAAGAAGCGCUCACCCACCGAGCCCGGCCGCCUGACCAUCGUGUCGUCUGACACGGCCGGCAUGACGCACUUCGUCGAGCGCGACGCUGACCCGCUGCUGGCCGCUCUCAAGGACACGAGCGGCAAGUGGAAGUGGGACAUGCAGGAGCGCUACGGCACCUCCAAGCUGCUGGGCCAGAUGUUCCUCGCCGAGCUGGCCACCCGCGUCCCGCCCUCCGAGGUCAUCAUCAACGCCGGGUCGCCGGGGCUCUGCUCUGGCUCGGGCCUCGCCCGUGACGCCGCCGGAACCUUCCUCCGCUUCCCCCUUGCCGUCUACUUUGGCCUGCUCGGCCGCAAACCUGGAGUUGGUGCCCACGUCAUCCUCGACGCCGCACUCAAGAAGGGCGAGGACUCGCACGGCGAGGUUAUCGAGUUUGACAAGAUAAGGCCACGCGGCCCGUUUGCAUACUCGGAGAAGGCUCCAGCCGUCACUCAGCGGCUAUGGAAAGAGACCAUGGCCGAGCUUUCCUUCGCCAAUGCCGAGGCCAUUGUCCAGAGCUUUGGCUCUAAGAAGUAAUGUUGUGUCCGCAAUGGAUCUGAUUUGGCAUGUAGGAUGCCUGUGUGAACACUGGCCGGGCCGCGCAGAUUUAUGUGCAGGUGUACUACACGAGCAUAUUCCGUACAACCUUUGCAACCAUUUAAUCCGUAUUAGUACUCAAUGUUACUUCUCUCCCCUGCUCGAACCUUUUCUCUUCGUCCAAUGCGUCUCUUUUCUCAUUUGCCCUGUUCUCACACUGCACCUACGUACUUUGCAACCAUUUCACGCGGUCUUCUACUGCUAGAUUAAAUAUGUAGUAACAGGGUAACGAAUGUCCACUUUCAAGGCCCAGUCAAAUUGAUCGAGACCCUCAACGGAAUUCAUGCACAAGCUCUUUCUUAGGUUCAUAUCUUCUUCGUCAUUGCUCGUCGUCCUUCAUCGCACCAAAGGUCAUGGUCAAGUUUCCAUGGUUAUCGCGGGACUCAAGCCGGGCUGCGACACAAGUUCAUGCACUUGGUAAAUGAGACUCUUGUCUUUCUAUUCCCAAGUAACAAGCACUCUAGACUCUGCACCAGUAUAGAAGACGCCGACUCCGAACGAGUGGCCGCGUGAUACUAUUGAUACAAUUGGGUACGAGUGAAAUCAGGCCUCUCCAGUGCUCUAGAGCUUCCUCCAAUUCGCUCAUCGCGAUUAGACUUUCAAGAGCAUGUAACUUGCCUCAUGUAACAGAC